UAUAACUCAGAUCGCGAAACGGCCUCAGCUGAGCUACUGAUUCAAAGAUACAGUGUCUCACUCAGGUAAAGCUGCGGAAACAUGGUUAGUUUUGCCAACAGAAAUGGUAUAAUUCUGAUAGCCAUUUCAAUCGCUGUCGCCUUGGCGAUCGUGAUAGGGAUAUCUCACACGCAAAAAUCAACAGCAUCAUCCAUGAAUAAACGCCGAGCGGGUGUGCCUAUUUCUCUUCCUACGAGACAGACAGAGAAUCAAUGGUUCAAAGAUGGCGUGAAACUCAUCAGAGACAAUCUGAAUAGGCAACCGCUGACUCAUACAGCAAAGAACACGAUCUUGUUCCUUGGCGACGGUAUGGGUAUAACUACUACCACUGCUGCACGUAUCCUGGCAGGUCAAAUGUUAAACCAGUCGGGAGAAGAAUAUGUCCUUAGUUGGGAAAAGUUUCCGUGGUCUGCCCUGUCCAAAACAUACAAUGUAGAUCAACAAGUUCCAGACUCCGCUGGAACAGGAACUGCCUUUUUGAAUGGUGUGAAGACUAAUGCUGGCGUAAUCGGUGUAGACGAGGCUGUAAAGCGAGGAUUCUGUCAAAGUUUAAAUGAAAGCAACAAAGUCCUGUCCAUACUAACAUUGGCAGAAAUGGCGGGAAUGUCAACUGGUAUCGUGACAACAACGCGUGUCACGCACGCAACACCAGCUUGUCUGUACGCACAUUCACCGGAGAGGGGGUGGGAGAGUGACCGCGACCUGAGGCGCAAAGCAAAGGAUGACGCAUCCAACUGCACAGACAUAGCUUUACAACUCAUUGAGUACCCGUUUGGAGAUGGAAUUGAAGUUAUUUUCGCUGGAGGUCGGAGGGAGCUUAUACCCAAUAACGAGACCGACCCUGAAUACCCGGAUUUGAAGGGAGAGAGGCUAGAUGGCCGAAACCUGAUUCAAGAGUGGGUGGAUAAAUUUCCAAAUUCUCAAUACGUUUGGAACAAAACUGGCUUUGACCAGAUUGACGUCAACAAGGUUGAUCACGUUCUAGGUCUGUUUGAGUACAGCCAUAUGCAAUAUGAAGUCUUCAGGAAGGAGAAUGAAACAGAGCCAUCCAUUGAAGAGAUGACAGAGAAAGCCAUAAAUAUCUUGCAGAAAAAUCCAAAAGGAUAUUUUCUCCUGGUGGAAGGUGGCCGCAUUGACCACGGACACCAUGGUACAAAGGCGGUGCGUGCCCUGAAUGAUGCUGUUGCUAUGGCAAAGGCUUGUGAGAAGGCGACAGAAAUGACCAAUCGAGAAGAUACUCUCGUGGUAGUGACUGCUGACCAUUCUCACGUGUUUUCCAUGGGUGGUUACGCUAAACGUGGCAAUUCAAUCUUUGACCUGGUAGUAAAAGUUGGCGAGACUACGCCGGACGAAGCAAAGGACAAACUUCCUUACACAGUCUUGGGUUAUGCAAAUGGACCCGGAGGAGAACGGGUAAAUGGUACACGACAAGACCUCACAGGGGUGGACACGGGAGACAGUGACUUCGAGCAACAAGCCACGGUUUGGUUAAGCUCGGAAACUCAUGGGGGAGAUGACGUAGGAAUAUAUGCAGACGGUCCGGGAGCCUACUUAUUCCGUGGUGUUGUGGAACAGCCGUAUAUAUUUCACGUGAUGGACCAUGCCAUGUGUUUAAGUGAUAGCAAGCGGGAUACGUGUGAUAGGCACCCAGCGAGAGAGUAACGAAACUAUAGAGAAAAUUAAAACUGGCUGUUUUAAAUGAACCUCAGUGAAAUCAAAACGGCUCAUCAUAACACAGAAAAAUAUUACAAGGAGCUGACGAAAACUGAAACUGGCUGACGCGGGGUCAAAAGAAAGUGACCCGAUCCUGUCGGAUGUCUUAGGUUCCCGAUCUGAUUGGUGGAGAGGGCAGCACAAGUUUUCUUGUCCAAUCAGAAAGAAAAGUAAAGAAAAACCAAUGCAAUUCCAUUUUGAUUUUUACAUUCACUUGAAAAUCU